UUGGCUCAACACUCAUAUUCCACGGGUGAAUUUCAAGAGAGCUUUAUAUUAUCCUUUUGGGAAAGGGAAUCGUGACGCGCGACGCAAGGUUCUUUACCCGCCAUAUUACAUCGUUAAAUGUCAUUUGUGUUGCGUCCUUCGAAAAUUGUUUAAAGAAAUUUUUAUUAAAAAGAAAUAUCAUUCUAUUUUCAUCGUAAAUUAAAGUAAAAAAACGAAAGUGAUAUGAAUAGUAAAAGAAAAUCAGCGCCAAGUAAGAAGCCUCGUGCAAAAACACGCAAGACUGAAUAUGACGAGGAAGAUAUCUCAAGUGAUCAUGAUUCAGAGGUUGAGGAAGCUGAUACCGGCAACACUACAGUCGACGGUGAGGAUGGUGCCGAUGUUGAAGAAGAAGAUAAUACCGACGUCUCAAAUAUUCCCGAAUUACCUGCACCUGAGGGAGGAUGGGGCAAGCCGGGAACUUUGCUUAUGUGUGGUUUGACAAAUUGGGAUUUGGCUGGACGAAAAGCAGUACCAAAAGGAGCAAAGGCCAAUGUUGGCAAAAGCCUAUGGGUUCCACAUACAUUUAAAAAUUUAAAUGGAUCUCGUGUAAGAUUAGUUGCAUCGGCUUCUGCAGCUGCUCACAAUGUUGUCGUCACUGAGGACAAUAGAUGUUUAACAUUCGGUAGAAACGAUAAAGGACAACUGGGAGUUGGAGAUAUGAAACGUCGAGAUGAACCAACCGAGGUGGAGGGUUUGAAAGGUCACACUGUGAUAGCAGCUGCUUGUGGACGUAGUCACACUUUAUUUUUGACUAGUCGCGGAAUAGUUUUUGCGGCUGGUGAUAAUAAACUAGGUCAAUGCGGUGUGGGAAAAACAAUUGCAAAUGUUCUAACAGCAACAAAAGUAAAAUAUUCCGGUCCUCCCAUUAUUAAAAUUGGAUGUGGUGCUGAAUUUUCAAUGAUUCUUGAUAUUAAAGGUGGAUUACAUUCAUUUGGUUCACCCGAAUAUGGUGCAUUGGGUCACAAUACAGAUGGAAAAUAUUUUAUAACAAGUACAAAAAUGGGUUUUCAUUUUGAAAAAUCGCCAAAACGCAUUGUCCUUUAUAUGGAAAAGGGAAAGGAUAAUCAUGUGACGCCAUUGGAUCGUGUUGAAAUCACUGAUUUUAGUUGUGGUCAUUAUCAUACUGUUGCAAUUGACAGUAAAAAUCGUGCUUUCUCAUGGGGAUUUGGUGGAAUUGGCCGAUUAGGUCACAAUGAACAACGAGAUGAAUUGGUACCUCGACUUAUUAAAUUUUUGGAACCACCUAGUCGAGGUGUUCGUGCAAUUCAUUGCGGAAGUACUUACAGUAUUGUUAUCAAUAUUCAUGGUUCGGCAUUGAUGUUCGGUCAAACAAAACGUACAGGUGAAGCGAAUAUGUAUCCAAAACCAAUUCAAGAUCUUUCUGGAUGGGACAUAAGAUGCGUUGGUUGUUCGCAAACAAGCGUUGUUGUUGCUGCUGACGAUUCUGUUAUCGCUUGGGGUUCAAGUCCCACGUACGGUGAAUUGGGUUUCGGAGAAAUGAGAAAAUCAUCAACAACACCAAUGGAGGUAAAAGCUUUGGAGGGAUUGUAUAUAACAGCCGUUACUUGUGGUAUGUCACACACUCUUAUGAUUUGUCGGGAUGAAUCGGAAGAGGAGAAAAAUAAAAUAAGCAAACUUCAGGAAUAUUCAGUGUAAUUGUGCAGAAGAUUAAAUUGCACUUUUAUCAUAAUACAGGAACUGUAAUUAAAAUUCGUAAUUUAUCACAACUGUUUCGAAAAAGGAAUUGAUAGUUGAGUAGCUUGAGAAAUCCUCAUUGUUUCGAAAAAAAAAAAAAUAAAGAGGAAAAAGGAUUGAACUUUUGUCGAAAGUAAAGAACGAGUCCAAAAAUCAAUUUUGAUUAGCCCUAAACAAAAAAAAAAUGAAAAAAUUGAAUACUAACGAAAAUUUUUUACUAUAACUUUGUACUUGACAAGAAACGUCCACUAAAUUUUUGUUUAACAAUUUUUAAAUCUCACUACUCCGUGAUUCCGUACAAUUUUUUAUUAAUACGUCCAAUUUUUUGUUACGUUUCAAACGAAUCUCAUAUUUUUUUUUUUUUUUUUUAGUAACUCAGGAUAUAAAACCAAACAGAUAUAAAAGUAUAUUUUGAUACUUUUCUAUUAUAAAACAAAAUGUUUCUUGUAACAUCAAUCGACUGAUAAAUAAGCGACACAAUCUGUAUUACAAAUAGUUAUAUAUAUAUAAUCCGAGAAAUUUAAAAGAGAAACUUUUUUCCCCCCCUCGUAAAAGUUAGAUAUUUACUCAAUUUUUAUAAGCUGGUACCUGAAUUGUCACGUUUCAUUUUUUCAAUGGCACAUUGAAUAACGAGAGAAGGAAAAAUUAUUAACGAUAAAAAGAAAAAGUUGUAUAAAAAAUUAUUUAUGACUUAUUUAUUUAUAAAUUUAACGCUUAAUUUAUUUAUUUCCAAUAUGGAACAUUUAUCUUACCGAAUAUUUAAAGUAGAAAAAAAUUGGUUAAAAAUUAAUUUCGAUGUAAGUUUAAAAUUAAAAAAUGGAAAAAAAUGUUCCUUCUCUCUCUGUGCAAUUGUGACCUUUGUUAGACUUUGUUUAAUAUUAAAAUAAAUAAUAAUAAUAAUUAAUGAUACAACGCAACAUAACGACUGAUAAUAUCACCUAUUUUUUUUAUAAAAGGUGAGACAAUAGACUUCAAUCCGUAAGCCUUAAUCAUCGAAAUCAAUUUCAAUUAUUACAAAAUACUCUGAGAGCAAAUUUAUGCUAUUAUUAAUAUUGUUCUAAGAAACAGAUCUCAGAGAAAAAUAAAUAUAACGAAUUAAACACGUUUGUAUUAAACUUCUGCUCAGAUAUAUACAUACGUAGCUUAUACUCGCACAUCAAGGUUUACCCCGUUCUUCCAAAUAAUUAAUUUUCCCUAUUUUGUACUUAUGACAAAAAUGUACUACACAUUGAACUAUGCAUUCGUCGACUAAUGUUUUUUUUUUUUUUUAAAUGAUUUACAAUAAGAGAAAUUAUUUUUCAAUAUUGAUUUUAAUUUUAAAUCGAUUUUAUCCUUUUAAUUGUCAUUUGAUAGAAUGUUUUUUUUUAAAUUAAAACGUUAAAUAUAUUUAAAAGAAAAAAUAAAUGUACAGUUCAAUAAUACUGUGGUUAAGGUUUUUAUGUACAUUAAAGUUGAAAUACGAAGCCUAGGUUAAAAUAAAAAAAAUGCCGUGAUGUUUAAAUAAUCAAUAAUUUAAAAAAAAAACUCAAGAUUUCAUUCCAUUUCAAUUUGUAAUAAUUUUAUCUUUUUCACGGCAAGUCUGCACUGAAAUAUAUAUAUUACAUAAAUAUAUAUAUUCUAAUUACAAGCGAGAAAUGUACGAAAGUGUAGUUACAAAAUAAAUCAAGCAAGUUUUUUAGAAAUUA